AGACUAUUGCGACGUCUGCCACGUCUAGCCUACACAGCCUCUCUCUAGCGGUCUUUGGAACAGGAUGCGGCAAGGGGUGAGAGAGAGGACAAGGCGGGUGGGAGUAUCCGUUUCUCGAUGCUAGGAAUGGAGGAAUUUGUCACCGAGGAGGAAGAGCCAUGGUACGACCAGCAAGAUCUCGAAUCUGACCUCCACCUGGCGGCGGAGCUGGGGAAGACUCUGUUAGAGAGGAACAAGGAGCUGGAGGAUUCUCUACAGCAGAUGUACAUCACCAAUGAGGAGCAGGUGCAGGAGAUCGAGUACCUGGCUAAGCAGCUAGAGGUGCUGAGGGAAAUGAAUGAGCAGCAUGCUAAGGUGUACGAGCAGCUAGACGGGACAGCCAGAGAACUAGAGCUCACCAACCAUACACUGGUUCUGGACAGUAAGGCCUCGCAACACAAGAUAGAGAGGUUGACAGGGACCAUCGAGACCCUACAGACCCAGGUGGAGUCUCUCUCUGGGCAGGUGGAACAGCUCCACUCCCUGGAGCAGCUCAGGGUCCGGAGGGAGAAGCGGGAACGACGCAAGACCAUCGCCUCCUUCCCUUGCCUCAGGGAACUCUGCACCGCACCCAAGUAUGAGGAUGGGUUCGUGGUAGGUCGCUCAGACAGCUUCACCUCAGAGGCUAAGCGGCAGCCAGCAGAGGAGGAGAACGAACGUCUGAGAGAGGCGGUGUCGGCGCUGCGCUUGGCUGUGAGGGCUGAGCGGGGUCGCAGGGAGGGGGCGGAGAGAGAGUGUCAUGUCCUCCUGGGGGAGUUCUCUCGUCUGGAGACACGCGUGCAGGGUGCAGAGAGCUGCCAGGUACGGAUCCAUGAACUAGAGUCAGAGCUCCAGGAACUCCAGCAGCUCCGACGGGCAAGGACCCUCCUCCUUUGCAGCGAGGACGACGGCGUGGGCUUCACCCAGACUCUCCUCAACAACACCCCCGAAACAGACACCCUGGAGGGGGAAGGAGGAGAGGUAGGUGGAGGGGUCAGGGAGGAGGGCGAAGGGGGAGGAGGCUUAGGCGGAGAGUCGUUACCUGCCUCCAGCCCCGUCAGGAAGAGCUGCAGCGACACAGCGCUGAACGCCAUUGUAGCCAGGGACGCGUCUGGAAGGAGAAGAGGGAGCUACGCGAUCCACGCCAACAGCGUCCGUAAGAGAGGGAUGUCCAUCCUGAGGGAGGUGGACGAGCAGUAUCACGCUCUGCUGGAGAAGUAUGAGGAGCUGUUAGGGAAGUGCAGGCGCCACGAGGAGUCCCUGUGUCACACAGGGGUGCAGACCUCACGCCCCGUCUCCAGGGACCCCUCCAUGAAGGACUGUGCCAUGGGCUCCACCCCUGCACCCCCGCCCACCCCCACCGAGUCCCCCUCCACCCCCGAGGCCAUGGAGAGCAUCAGUAAGCAGGUGGAGGCGGUGGAUAAACGGCUGGGCCAGAACACGCCAGAGUACAAGGCUCUGUUCAAGGAGAUCUUCUCCCGUAUUCAGAAGACCAAGACAGAAAUCAAAACUACCAAAGCCACCAAAGCCCCUAAAGCCAGCAAGUCUGGCAAGUCUAGUAAAUAAGAAUGAUAGUGGACUGGCUUGGUAGUAUAAUGCUUUUUCCAUGCUUAAAGCGCUUCAGAUUGUAAGGGGGCAACAUGCCUCAUACACUACCAAUGUGUAGCACUCAUGAGUAGACUUCCAUAUGGGAUAUGGUCUCCUGUCUGCUUCUGUUACUAGGUACCAAUCGACCAAUAUGCUACUAAAACCAAUCUACUGCUAAUGCUAUCCUCUAUUAGGGCCUGCCUACCUUUGCCCUUGAGAUCUAACACAUUUUUUCAGCUGCCUUUUGCUAGCUAACUCACAGGUAGAAUACCUAUCACCCACAACCUGUUGGACAUGGAACAUGGAUUGAAUAGGUGCACUAAACUCCCAAUGCUUCACAGUAAAAACGGUACUGUUGAUUCUCCACCUCAACAAUGACCUCUGAAUUCUCCAAACGUUGGAUUAUACUGAAACAAAAGUCAUGUUGGACAAAUAACAAGUUAACUCAAAGUUCUACCUUUAGACCCUGAUGUGCUUUUCCCUAGCCUACAUAGCCUAAUGUCGGCCUGAACAAUGGACUUCAGAUGCCAACAAAAGCGAAACAGGAAAUGUAAGACUUUCUGCCCAGAGGACAUUGCGACCUUGUCUUGCACUGCUCUGUGACUGUAUACUCGUGACCUUAGUACUGUAUUUUAUACUCUAGAGAUGCUUACCUUCCAGGUCCGGAGAGACAUAGGCAAUAAGUGUCUUGUCAGAAUGUCACAGGGUUGGAACCGGGUUCGAAGUACACAUUGACUCUUGGGGGUGUCCUGAAAAAAGACCAAUGUUCAUAUUUCAUGUUUGUGGGGGUGUCCAAAUUUGUUCUAGCAGUGCCCCCUGUAACCCUGGAAUUGAAUGGUAGCUGGGUAUGUCCACUAGCCUAGCGCUAACUAUAUCUGCCGUCUGUGUACUGACAAGAUGCAACAGACAAUCCAAACAGAUUGUUGUCUUUUCUGUUUCCUUAUCAACACUCUCACUAUAUUGUUUGGUAAAGGUACAACUGACGCAUGGUCAAGUCAAAUGUGAUGUUUUAAACUGUCAAUAUUUUUUUGUCUCAUUCCAUUUAUAUAGUUUAUUGAUUGUCAGGUAGAUGAUUUUCACCCUCCACAACAAACAAAAUGGGGUGGGGAAAACCCUGUGAUUGUAUUGCAAAUUGUAACGUUAAGCCUAAGACAAAUUGUAACGUUAAGCCUAUUUAGACAAAGUUGCUUUAGACAGAAGUGAUGGAUAAUUAUAUAGCCUAACCACCACCAGUAUUACUAACUAUUAAACCUGGUCUGUUAACACAAAACCAGCUCACUAACUACACACUAACACUACUGCUGCAGCAUUGCACCGUACAGAAUACAGUAGGAACAAUGCCCCUGUCUUGGCUAGCAACACUCCAACCACCUUUCCUUAUUAUCAUGAAUGUUAUAGUGGUUGCAUUAUUUUGAAUGAUGUACUCACAUUGUAAUGCCAUACCAUAUGGGGAGGAGAAAAUGUACACAACAAUGCACCUGCAGGAUACAGGAAGUAGCAUGUCUUUCUUAGCGCUAACUAACUCAAGGUCUUAAACUCAUCUGAAGCUUCAAACCUAUUAUAGCAGCCACAGCAUUUGGCGAGAGAUCAAUGCUGGUGUGGUGUUGUAAAAGUAAAACGUAUUGUUUGCUCCACAGUGUUAUAAUGGGUUGAAUGUGCCAGGUCCAAGCAGUCUUCUUUUUCUCUCAGGGUCAAUCAAGUGUUGCUGAGUUAAGAAAAAGGGUAUGACGUCUUGUGGAGGCUUACUGUCAGUCUGUCAUAGCAAUGUUCACUCCUGGUCCUGGAGGGCCGCAGUUUGUGCAGGCUUUUGUCCCAGCCCAGCAUUCAGGUGUACUGCUGGACUGUAACACAAGCCUGCGCUCCCUGUAGCUCUUCAGGGCAAGAAGAUAAAGACACUGUGUCAUAGCAAUGGUAACAGAAAAGGUUCUGAUAUAUUCUAAUAAGAGUGAACAAUGCCAAAAUGGAACCAUUUGACUCUGUCCUUUGAUGGCUCCUUGGCUUUCUCUGUACUGUAAUGUUUUACAGAUUGCACUUGGACAAAAAAAUGUUUCUGCCGCCUCAUUUCUUGCGUAUUUAUACAUGGAUAUUUACUUACUAUUACUUGUGUAUUUAUUCCAUUCUUGUGUGUGUCUGUGAGCAUUGAUUCAUGAUAACACUUAUCUGCUAUGGUGCCUAUAUGUGAUUGUAUUACUGAUAUACUGUAUCUUUAGAAUGAAAAUCAUAUUUGGUUUUUAUUUAGCUAUCUACUCAACCUUUGACAUUCAGAUGAGCAUAUUAUUAGGUUUAUUAGCAUAUUAGUUAGCCUUUGGCAGCAUAGGUUUGCCAUUGUAGCAAGCCAUGUUAACGCUCAUUGAACUAAGAACCAUUCUUGUUGUGGCUUUCUGUAUCAUUGAUUAAACUUGUCUGCUCUGUGCAAUUAAAGCAUUGGAAUUUAAAUAUG